AUGAUUAAAGAGCAUGAAGUCAUGCAUUGCAUGAUGAAAAAUUCCAUGCAAUACAAUAAUACUAUUUUACCAUCUAUUAAAGCAUACGCCAUUGUUGCCACAGCAGAAAUAGAGAACUUAAUUAACGUGGAUUGGAAAUCAGAAACUGCACUUUCCUGUUACAAUGCUAUAAAAAAAAUAGCAUGUUAUUAUCUACAUGGUUCAGAUCCAGAUGUUGAAAUACCUUCUGAUAUUGUAUUUAACCUUAGCAAUAAGCUCUCUUCACUUGACGAUAAGCACAUCCAAAAACUAAUGCAAUAUCUGAUUAUUGUGAAAAAUAAGUUAAAUAAUACAAAACCUUAUGACAGACUUAUAAAACAAUUGAGUGUGGAAUGUUUAAAACGAUUUUUCUGUUUUAAUACGCCACAAAUGUUUUUAACACUUGAUGCAUUUUAUCAACUUCAGGAAUAUAACUGUGAUUAUGUGUGGCGUGCACUCAGAAAGUUGGGUUCAAAGACUCAAAAAUUUUCAGGCCCCAAUAUUGUUCAAUAUUUAUUUUACUUAGGCAUGUGUCGUGUUCCGGAUAUACAAAUGUUUGAAAUUGAAUGCUGCUUGGAUGAACACAUAUCUGAGAUUACUGUAGAUGAAAUUGGUAUUGCAUCUAGAGGCUUCUUUAUGUCACAAAGAAGACUUCAGAAUAAAUCAUUAAUGACAAACAUAAUGAAAAAACUUGAAACCAACAUUAAUUCUAUAAGUAGUAUCAGCAUAGGAGCCAUUAUGAAAUUAAUUCGAUACAGUGAUUACUGUCAUAUUGUACCCUUAUUUCAAGAAUUACUAGUAUCUUUACGUCCACAAAUACCAAACCUGCAGUUAUAUGCUGUAACACAUAUUUCACAUGCAAUGGGGUCUCUACGUGUAUAUGAUGAAAUUUUAAUGGAUAAUAUUAUUACGAGGAUACAACAGGAUUAUGAUGCAGCAAGAUUGAAAGAUAUUGAAAGGAUUAUUUAUGCUCUUUGUACAGUCACUCCAUAUAGAAAGUAUCAUGAUGUAUGUCAUGAAUUAUUUAAGCCAAUAGCAUUAACGUAUAAUACAACAUAUUCACAGGAAAUUCAAUACUUCCCAAAAACGCUUAUUCGUAUUUUAGUGUUUUUAGCAAAUAAAAAUAUAUAUUCAGAAGAAUUAAGUGAAUAUGUAUUGAAUCCACAGUUGGUACAUAGCAUAUACUGCAACAAUAUAAGAAACUUAACAAAUGAACUAUUAAUUCUUUGCUGUUCUAUUAAAAUAGAAUUGCCAAACUAUAAAGGUCCACAAUUAAAUGAUAACAUAUAUAAUUGUUUAAUAAAGAAAUAUUGCAAUAGAAUCGAUAUAUCCGAGAGACACAUUUCUGUAAAAUUUCGAACUGAAGUUAUAUUUCUGUGCAAGGAAAAAUUGAAAAUAGACGUGCAUACUAGUCACAUACUACCUCAUUAUUAUUCUCCUGAAAUUAUAAUUUGUUUCGAUAAAGACAAUAAACUGGUCCCAGUUAAGCCUAUUCUAUCAGAUAUGCCAAAUGGAACAAUUAAAAGAGUAGAUACAGAUGAUUUACAAAAUAUAAAGUGGAAAAUAUUAUUCUUGUUAAGUAGUAAAUGUGAAGUAUUAGGACAGAAUGGUUACAUAGGAUCCAUGUAUCAAAAGUUUAGACACCUCAAGGCUAUUGGAUAUACACCAAUUGCACUUCCUGAAAAAGAGUUCAAAACUUUAACUAGUGAACAUGAAAAAUGCUCUUAUUUGGAACAUAAAAUUUUCCAAGAACAUGGCGAUGAUUUUUUGGAAGGAUAAAUUGUCUGAAAGAGAAAGUGCAAAUAUAUAAAAUUGUAUA